UAUUUACUUUAGCGUAAUAGCGGGAGCUUUAAAAUCAUUUUUGUCUUUUUCAAUGAGGGUAUAGUUUAAACAAGAUAACUAUCAUGGUGAAACGUAUGUAAAAAACAAUUAAGAAAAACAAGUGUUGUCGCAAAAACAGCUUCACAUUCAGCAUAAGCUAACUGACCUAGCUAAAAGACGUUAGGUACAAGCUUCAGUCCUUGAUGAUUUUUAUGACGUUUCGUCACUUUCUGGCAAUCCUGUCCUUUACUGUUCAGAUACAGAAGCAUAUUUAAGCUAAUUCAAUGUCAUACUUUCGUUGAGUAGUAUGCUCAUGAUAGCCAGCUUUCUAUCUUAUUACUCAUGUUGGCUCAGAGUAAGUUAGAUAUGUUGAUGUAGCUUGCCAACUAAGUUUCGUACAUUGUGUUAAUUGCAACAGCAAACUAUAAUGUAAGUUAACAAAGUAACAUAAGUAUUAACUUGCAAAAUGUACCAUGAAGUCCAAAGAUCAACUCAGGUGAUUUUUAGUGCUUUUCAGAUACAUUGACAGAAGUUACUGCUGGAUUGCUUCACAGCCUAUGUUUUCUAGUGUUACCAUUGUACGUCCAGACAUCAUGAGGAUGUGUGUUAUAAGAGGAUACCGUUGGUGACAGCAUAAUCUCCCACAAUGUUGUCGGUGUCAGCGCGUCACUCAGUCCAUCUGUGGCGCUCUGCCUGUCCUGCUGGUUGGACACACUGGUUACACUUGAGGAGAUCUUACUCCUCAACCAGAGUCAGACAGGCUGCAAAAGGGGACUUUGACCCAGUGUUCUCCAGGGCCCGAGCAUUCGGGGACAAGCUGGCCAUAGUGGACGACAGUGGACGCCACAGCUUCAAGGACCUGUAUGGCAGCAGUAGGGGCCUAGCCUGCCGUAUCAAGGAAAGUCUGGGAUGUCCCUCCGGGGACCUGCAGGGGAAGCGCGUCUCCUUCUUGUGUGCCAAUGACGCCUCAUACACAGUAGCCCAGUGGGCGUCCUGGAUGUGUGGCGGCACGGCCGUGCCUCUCUACAGGAAGCACCCUUUGUCAGAGCUGGAGUACAUCCUGUCUGACUCUCAGAGCUCCCUGGUGGUGGCUGGGCAGCCAUAUGCAGAGACCCUAGAGCCACUGGCCCACAAACUUGGGCUGCCCUGCCUGCAGAUACCCCCCACUUCCAACCUCAGCUCCCUGCUGGAAGGCCCAGAGACCCAGCCUGAGCCCAGCAUCACAGACUGGGCCCAGCGGCCUGCCAUGAUCAUCUACACCAGCGGAACCACAGGCAGCCCCAAAGGGGUUCUCCACACUCACAGCAGCAUCCGGGCCAUGGUUCAGAGUCUGGUGUCAGAGUGGGGCUGGUCCCGGGAUGACGUCCUCCUUCACACUUUGCCUCUGCACCACGUCCAUGGUGUCGUCAACACGUUGCUCUGCCCUCUCUGGGUGGGCGCCACCACUGUCAUGCUGCCUGACUUCCAGCCCCAGAAGGUUUGGGAGUUCCUGCUCAGCUCCCAGGCACCUAGGGUAAAUGUCUUCAUGGCUGUUCCUACCAUCUAUUCUAAACUGAUCCAGCACUACGAGCAGCACUUCACCCAGCCACACGUCCAGGACUUUGUCCGGGCUGUCUGCAAGGAGAGAAUCAGGCUGAUGGUGUCUGGCUCAGCAGCCCUGCCCCAGCCAACCCUGCAACGAUGGGAGGAGAUCACUGGACACACCCUGUUGGAGCGCUACGGCAUGACGGAGAUAGGCAUGGCCCUGUCCAAUCCGCUUAAGGGACCACGCAUCGCAGGUGCAGUUGGUGUCCCUCUUGUAGGCGUAGAGGUUCGCAUUGCCAUGACGAAUGCCAUCCACACCACCAUCGCCGAGGGCAACAGUAGAGAAACCCAGGUGUGUCCAGGGCUGGAGGGGAAAGAGGGAGAACUGUUGGUGCGAGGAGACCAGGUCUUCGCCGAGUACUGGAACAAACCUGACGCCACCAGAGAGGCAUUCACCGAAGAAGGGUGGUUCAAAACAGGGGACACAGCUGUCUACAAGGAUGGAGUGUACUGGAUCAUGGGCCGCACCUCUGUGGACAUCAUAAAGAGUGGUGGCUACAAGAUCAGCGCUCUGGAGGUGGAGCGCCACCUACUAUCCCAUCCUGACAUCAUAGAUGUGGCUGUGAUUGGUGCUCCGGAUGCCACCUGGGGACAGAAAGUGACUGCAGUGGUGCAGCUGAGGAGGGGGCGGAGCAUGACCCUGUCAGAGCUGAAGACAUGGGCCAGAGAGCAUAUGGCUCCCUACACCAUCCCCUCUGGCCUGGUUCUAGUGGAGGAGAUGCCCCGGAACCAGAUGGGGAAGGUCAACAAGAAGCAGCUACUCAGGCACUUCUUCCAGAGCUAACAAGCGGUGCCUGGUGAACAACGUCACUUCGCGGGACUGGAUUGACCUUGAGUUACGGACAGGUGGAAAUGCGUCACUAAUCCACAUGAAUUCAAUCUUUCAAAGGGAUUUUGACAAAGAUAAAAUGUAUCCUGAGCUUUACAAUGACUGUGAACAUUUGGCUAAAUUAUUUGGUUAAGAAUGUUAAAUCUACCUAGAGGACUAGAAAUAUUAUUGAAGGCUACAUGUGGUGAAUUUCCAAGUGUGAUUUACUUACUAUAAAAGGUGUUUUUAGAAUUAAACGUACAUUAAUGCACAAUCUCAUUAAAAUAUCAGAGUCAAUGUGUUACGGAACAAUCCCGAGUGGACAUGCCUGCAUCUCUCCUUUAGGCCACCACCUCCUUGUCACCUCCCUCCGACAGGAGCAAAGGCCCCUCUUAGUGAGCGUGGACUGACCACUCAGUGGUCCGGGGAACAAUGAAGAGACCUCAUUGAGGAUCCUAUGACUAUUUCAUUGACCCCUCUCAGCCGUUAGUGGUAUAAAUACUGUUGGAUUUUUCACGGGCUGGCCUGGAGGCACUAAGCCCAGUGGAGCCGAGUCUUCCAGAUGAUUAAACCACUCCAGAGAUAUAUUUAGUUUGGCUGGUAUGAUAAAGAACUGAUUUAAUAGGAUAACGCGGUGGUGCCUUCUUAACGACUGAGCGCCACGAUCAUUAGCAUGACUGGGGAUCAUGACAUGAAUAAUUAUGCAAACACACCAGUACAUUAAGAAACAGUGUAAGGAUAAGAACAAUGAGAGAUCCUUGAUGUUGUCUGCAGAAGAGGAGAGGGGAACACAGAGCACUUUUAAAUUGUUUAUAAUUACAAUCCAGAUGGAUGCCCUUGAAUUGGCAAUUAUGUUUAUUUUAAUGUAAUAAAAUGGAUGAUGUAUGGAAAUGCA